UUUAAUUUAUGUUUUUUCGGGUACAGCCCAUAAAGGCGCGACUGAAAAGGCGCAAGGCCAAAAAGGCGCACGGGUAAAUCGGUGCAAACUGACGAACAACCUUCCCCCGUUGCUAAAAAUUUUUUUAAUGUCUUCUUGUUUUCAUUAUUUUUUUCAAAUUUAAGACAACCGUCCUAAUUUUAUGUUUUUUCAAUUUCAGAGACUUCAAUUACUUUUACAACCUAAUUAUGUCAAGCUCAGACGAGAGUACAAAAUCUCGCGGGGUGCGUGCUGGAGCUGUACGGUUGCGUGAUUCUAUACGUCCAGCCUUUGCUGAAGACGUUUAUGGCGGCCCUCGUCGCUCCUCUUCAUCAGAGCCCAGAUUGCCAAGCAGUAAUGCCCCAGCUAAUACAAACGUAAUCUCGACUGGUAGUGACCUUUGUGUUUCUGCAUUAGCACAACGACGUUCUGCGAAUUUACCAAAGUUGCGUGAGUUAUGCUCCGGUACUUCUAAUGAAUUAAAUAUUUCUUCAACUGAAUGCCCUUUGACGAGUGCGCGCGCAAAUCUAAUGGAUGAAUUGGAAUUCGUUUAUGCCGAUGCAGAUUCCUAUGAGACAGAAUUGGCUGAGUUCUAUACAUAUUCAGAAAUGGAUGAAUUUGCACUAAAUUUUGAAUGUUUUGUUAAAUAUAUGCGAGAGCAGAAAGCAAUUAAUCUGUUGCGUGUUAUAAAUAAACUGGUUAAAGGAAAACAAGCACGUACAAUGAUGUUGGUUGUUUAUAAAUCGGCGCCUGUCCUUAAACGUUGCAUGAAAGCAAAACUUGUCUAUUCCUAUGAGAAAGAAUUGGCUGAGUUCUAUACAUAUUCGGAAAUGGAUGAAUUUGCACUAAAUUUUGAAUGUUUUGUUAAAUAUAUGCGAGAACAGAAAAAAGAACCAUUUUGGAAUAAACUUACAAGGACUGAAAAAUGUUCGAUUAUACAAGGAUUGGCUGCUAGUUUUGACAGCACUGAACCGAAACAACGUCUUCAAGCUGCUCGGAUUAUUCUAUACAUUCUUCAGGGUUCUUAUGGCGAUUUUGCUGAGUUGGAGGGAAAACAUCAAAAUUCACAAUCAAGCUGCUCUGAUUGUUCUACCUGUUCUGAAGCAAGAGACCUGGAGAAAGAAAAAGCGAGCACUAGUGAAUUAGAAUUACCUUCAAAAUUGUUUAAAUCCGACCAUGGAACGGGUGAUUAUGAAUUUGAUUGUUUGCAAAAUGCAACUGCAAAUGCUUAUCUUUUAUAUGAGCAAGGAGUAUUUCAGCCCCUAUGUUCACUUUUGCGUUUGGAAGUGUCUUUGCCUUUUGAACGAUAUGCCGACCAUUCUCGUGAAUCUAUUGUUGCUAAUUCCCGCUCAACUUCUUGUAUGGAUUUAGCGACUGUUCUCAAUGGAGGCGGUGGAUCUGCUAGCGGAACUUUUGAAAGGCGUUCUAGACAUACAGCUACGUUGGCUGACAAUGAACGAAUUCGUGUUGUUUUGAAUUGUAUAUAUCACAUGGUUGAGUCCUUACGUCGUGAUGAAAUUGUAUAUAAUUCAGUUUGUCUCUUAUUUGAACAACAAACCCCGGGAUAUCAAUCGCCGAAGUAUACUUUCGAUCUUCUUUUCGACGGGAAUAUCCACUCUCGCUUAGAAACGUUGAGAAAACAAUUUAUAACAGAAUUAGAGGAACCGUUAGAGCACAGCAAAAUGCCAUUAGCAAUUAUUUUGCUUGAUAUGAUGCCUACUUUUGUUCGUGCCAAAAAUCCUCAUUAUCCCAUUAAGAAGGUCAUUUUACUUUGCUGGAAAGUAUUACUGACAACACUUGGCGGGAUUGAAUUCCUUAAUGAAGAGAAAACCCGUAAACGACGAGAUGCAUUACUUGAAUAUAUUGGAGAUACACAACAUGUAAUUUCUCUUUCUAGACCCAAAGUUACUGAAGAGGAUAUCAAAAAUUUUCUGCAAAAUGCGCGUCAAAAAUAUUUCAAUUAUCAAUUACCUAAUGAUUCCACUACUUUAUUUGGUUUACCUAUGCCUGUUCAAAUGAGCGUUGCCGCUCUUUGUCGGAAUUUAUACACUUCCUUAGGAGAAGUUCAGUUAAAAGCAGAAGAGCGUUACAACAAAUAUCCAUUUUCCCAAAAAGAAUUUAUUGAGGAAACACCUACCGAACGAUUAUAUUCACGUAUAUUACCUGAAAUGGCUGAAUAUGUAAUUGCAAUACUCAAAGCAAAUAAUGAUGCAGUAAUCAUUCUGUCGGAUGUACUCACGCCAGAAACUGAUACAAAUGAGGUUUUAUCCAAUUCAAUAAGGCUCGAUCUUGCUCAUUUGGGAAGUGGGAAUGUGCUUGAAGACAAUAUACGUGUGGCGAUUGAUAUAAACAGACACAAAGAGUUAAUUAUCAAAGGAGCGUCUUCAAUAAUCAUCUUGUUGCUUAAGCAUUUCCGUCUGAAUCACGUUUAUCAAUAUGAAAAUUUUGCUCAAUAUUUGAUAUUAGCAAAUUGUAUGCCUUUAGUGUUGAAAUUCCUCGAUCAAAAUAUUUGCCGUUAUUUUCAAUCCAAACAUGAUUUGGCACCCUUUAACUAUCCUCAAUGUGCACUUUAUAUUGUGAGAAAUGGAAAUGAACGUCCGCCACUAACAUCUGAUAAUGUUGAUGAGGGGAAUAAUACAGAAUCACCUAGAUAUUUUUGCUGGCGAAAUGUUUUUUCGGCAAUUAACCUAUUACGUGUUAUAAAUAAACUGGUCAAAGGAAAACAAGCACGUACAAUUUUGUUGGUUGUCUACAAAUCGGCGCCUGUCCUUAAACGUUGCAUGAAAGCAAAACUUGGAAUAUUUCAACUUUAUGUACUCAAACUCCUCAAAUUACAAGCACGAUAUUUGGGCCGGCAAUGGCGUAAAACAAAUAUGGACAUUAUCUCUGCAAUUUACAUGCGUUGUAGACAUAGACUUAAUGACGAUUGGGCAUAUGCAAAUGAAACAACUCGAACAAAAUCUUUCGAUUACCAUAAAGAGGAGAAUGAAUUGAGUAUAGCCAUAAGAAGAUUUAAUACAAGGCGAUAUCCAUAUCUUCAAUUACGUGGUGGUAUUGCUGUUGCGGACACUUCUAAUGACGCUGGUAAGGAGUAA